AUGCUGUCGACCGUGUUCUCGCUUGCUCUCCUCCCCCUCCUCGCGGUGGCCAACCCUCAGUACGGGUACGCUCCUCCUGCGGCUGGCCCCACGACCCAGGCAGCGGCGGCUGUGCCCUCUGCGCCCCCCAGCACCAACGGGCAGAUUAACAUCGAUGUCGCGGCUGGUGGUAACUUCGUAUUCAGCCCGGCGAACGUAACCGCUUCCAACGGAACCCUCAUCACGUUCUUCUUCCCCAACAACGGCAUCCCCCACUCGGUCACUCAGGGUGACUUCUCCAACCCUUGCGUGCCCAUUGCCGCACAGAACGGCGUCAGCGGCUUCGACUCCGGAUUGCAGGCGGGGACCCAGUUCACGCUGAACGUUACGAACGACCAGAUCCCCAUCUACUUCUUCUGCAAGCAGGUCGCUCACUGCGGUGAGGGUAUGGUUGGCUCGAUCAACGCGCCGUCAACCGGCAACACCUUCGACGCCUGGUCAGCGGCAGCUGUCAAGGUCGGCGCUGGCGAGAAGACGAUCACCGACAACGGCCCCGUCACUGGCGGUAUCGGCGCGGUGGCCACCGCGACCCCUGCUGCCACCGCUUCGGCGAGCUCUGGCUCCAGCUCUGGCUCCAGCGGCAGCAACGGCGCGAUCAGCCUCGGUGCCUCGAGUGCGGUUGCGGCGUUCAUCGGUCUCGGUGUCGCGAUGGUCUUCGCAUGA